UUGAUUCUCUGGUGAUGUUGAAGAGGCAAUUUCAGGAGGAGGAUAAAGAGGGCAGUCCUGGUUUUUCGGCUCAAGGAUCAAAAAGAAGGCCUAACACUAAUUAUUGGAGAAAUGUGACCGGAGGGCUUUCGCCAGAGGAAUUUGCAUCUCUUUUGGAGCCUCUCUUUCGGAAAGUGGUUCGUGAGGAAGUGGAACGUGUGAUCUCGUGCUUUCAGGAUCCGCUGUUGAGAAUGCCAUCUAAUCCCAUUGGAACUUCUGAAGCAAGCAGUCUGCGACUGCAAUUUGUUACCAAAGUACCGGCAACCAUCUUCACUAGCAGUCAGAUAGAAGCCGAGGACGGUACACCUCUCUGGAUUGAACUAGUCGAUGGCAGGACAAAUGAUAGGAUUACAAGUGGGUCCCUAUCUUUGAUAAAGAUCGAGAUUGUUGUCCUUGAUGGCGAUUUCGGGUUGGACGAGGAAGAGGAUUGGACUGAGAAUGAAUUCAAUUGCAAUAUCGUUCGCGAAAGGGAAGGGAAAAGGCCACUGAUAACCGGGGAGCUGACUGUGAUGCUGCAAGGAGGAAUUGUUUGCCUCCGUAAUUUAGUCAUUACUGACAACUCGAGCUGGAUGAGAAGUCGGAAAUUCAGGUUAGGAGCUCGAGCUGUUCAAAAGGUUUCAGCAGAAAUAAGAAUAAGGGAAGCAAGAAGUGAAAGUUUCGUCGUUAAGGAUCAUCGAGGAGAGCUUAACAAGAAGCACCAUCCUCCAUCACUGAGUGACGAAGUGUGGCGUUUAGAGAAAGUAGCCAAAGAUGGCACUUUACAGAAGCGCAUGGCUUUGAGAGGAAUCAACACUGUUCAGGAUUUCCUCCAGCUGCACGAAGCCGAUGCACCCUCUCUAAGAAAUAUACUUGGCAAUGGGAUCCCCAAGCGGACAUGGGAGACGAUUGUCAGACAUGCUAGCACCUGUGCGGUCAACGAUAACAAGAUGUACGCUUUCUACCAAGCUUCGAACAAGGCCAGUAUACUUUUCAAUUCAGUAUUGAAAGUAGCUCAAGCAACACUCAACGGCCAAAUUUACCAGUCCGUAGACAAAUUGACCCAGUCUCAGAAGAUUUUGGUACAGAAUUUGAAAUGGCUAGCUUACAAUAACAAGAAUCAGUGGGUGGCGCUCGAUGCCCUACCCAACAUCACUCCUCCGAGAGUCCUGACCAACUUGCCUACAGAGCCGUCAAUCGGCCUGAGCCCGCCUCUUCAUCAUCUAGAUUACACGGUCCUAAACCGAGAGAACAGGCAAUUAGAUUGUCUGGGGCCACAGAGUCAUAUCACCGCAAAAAUCUUUAACCCAACCAGAGCAAACAGCUUAGCAAGGCAGGACUUUUCGUCCAGUUUUAGUGCCGGCGAAAGCAGUCAUCAUCCCAGUUACUCACGAGGACUGUUUGCGCCGAACAUCCAUCCAUCUCCUGAGGAGCUUUUCAAAGCGCCAUCUCCUGUCCCUGGCAUUUUGAUGUGGACACCAGAGCAUACUUUCGUCAUCGAAUCGAGUGGCGGGGCAGAUUUCGGGAUCUGUCCACCUUGCACGGAUUAUGGAGUCCGCAAGUCUAGGAUUUCAAGGCCCAGGGCGGCAUGGUGCAAGAUCCGUGCCGUUGUGAAGUGGGGAUCGGUUCGGCGAAUUGUGGCUGCGAAGAGAACGGCAAUGUUCAAUCUUGCACAUUAUUAAGAUGUAUGCAUGGAAACUCCCACCUCCAAGAGAAAUUUCGGUGCCCCAAGAGCGCGAAGCUCUCUUCUACACAAUCCAAUCUUCAUGGGCGAAGUAUCCUUAUUCUUACUUAAGAAGAAAAGGAAACUCAUAAUGCUUGACAUGCAAUGAUUGGUUUGGACGGAUGAGAAUUUCGUUUUCGGGGAGCACCAAAUUUCUCCAAUGCAUCUAAGUAGCAACUGCCCUAGAUGCAUCAAUUUCUUAUUUUGACUAAGCAUCUAAGGAUAAGUGCCAAUAGAACGUGUCUUCUUUGUAUACAUCACGCAAGCUGGUGUUAUAAAGUACCUCAGUGCAAGGGUUCUUCUUCAAGAAUUGUAAGCCUUUUUGUUUUCUUCUUCAAGAAUUGCUUGGCAUUUUGUUCGUGCCA